AUGUCUCAAUAUAACCUUGGUGGUGUUGCGUUCCCAGGAGGACACACUGUGAGUGAGCCUACUGACCCCUGGAGGAGUCAGGCCACUUCUACAUCAUCUGAAUCAGGACCAGCUGCCCCUGCAAAGGAACCCCAUACUAGCAGCACACUCAAGGCUUCGGGAGUAGUCAGAAACCCGUCGCCCACCACCCUGCCAGAAUUCGCUACACCAGCAACCUGGGAAUGGCAGGGAAUCUCUUACAACACAAUCAAGGAAGCUGCUAAUGCUGCCGCACCCAACACCAUUCCAAAUGAUGUCAAAGAAUGGAUAAUGAACGUGAUGGAUGAGUGUCAUGAGUGCACGGUGUCCUCGUUAGAAGAAGAGAUACUGGCUCGGAUCCACGUUGAAAUAAUGGCAGUGGAAACACGAGACCAGCUAAAAGUCACAAGAGCCCAGAUCGGCACCCUCUCCGCCGAUAACAAAAGGCUCAUCAAGUCGAACAAUAGUCUGACAGCUGAAGCCCAAGCAAUCCACAAGGACUUCGAAGACUACAAGGAUGAAGUAAAGGGUCAGAUGGACGCCCUUUAUGGCAACAUGGUCGCCCUGAAUGAGGCUCAGGAAAAGACCACUACAUACAGUAUCCAACAACCGGCCGAUCAAUACCAAUGCAGUCAAUCGCCCCACCAAAUCAAGCUCCCAGAUCCUCCCAAAUACUCAGAGAGAAAGUCGUCGAAAAACUUCGAGACCUGGUUUAUGAACCUGCUCAUUUGGCUCAAUUACAAUCACUUCACAGACAACAAGGACAAGAUUCAGCAGGCCAACGUGCAUCUGAAAGGAGGAGCAGCUCUAUACAUGAAAGAGUAUGCAAUCAAGCUCACCUCUGGACAAGACGUUGGCAUCUGGGCUGAAUACACCAGGAAACUGGAGAUGGCGUACAAGAUGCUUGACCCCAAGCGCACAGCACAAUCUUUGCUAGAUGCACACUGCGCAAUCUGCCACAAAACAAUGAUUGCCUUCACAGAGAAUUUCAGGGCUUAUGCCCCCGAAUCAGGGUACUCUGACGAAGAUCUAAUUGUCAAGAUCAGGGAACAAUGGUCGACCCAUAUCCAAACGGUCAUGUCGGUAACAGAGACUCUAGAUCCCUCGAAGAUUCCAACCACUUGGAUGGACUAUCUCGAGUUCUGCCUGGAAAUCGAAAUUAAACAUCUCCAGCAAAUUUCAGGCAACAAGUCUACUGGACAGACCACGGCAACAAAGGCGGCCGCCCUCAAGGACCCUAAUGAAAUGGACACAAGCACACGAAUCGCACAUGAACUUUCUCCGGAACAGGACAGGUGGCUGGCAAACAAACUAUGUUUGUUUUGCGGAAAGCAUGCCUACGAACGAGGAAAGUGGUGCCCCUCUCCCAAGCCAGAAUACAAGGGCAAGCAGUUUCAAACACGAUUUGCCCCAAAACCAGGGAAAGGAAAGGGCAAGGUGACAAACGUGCGACAGGUGGAAGAAGAAAGUAGUGUGGGAUCAUCAGCUCAAAUUGUGGCAUUGAAGCAAGCAAUUGCUGCACUACGUGAGAUGAGUACCACUUCAACUACUCCACCGUCCAGCAAGGGCAAGGCAAAGGGCUCAGACGUGGCAUCAACGGCAUCGGCAUCAACAGUCAAGGACACAAACACGAGAAUCACCAAGAUGGAUGAAUUCUCAGAGGAUUUUCUGUACGAAGUGUAG